AUGAGGUCUGUGGUGUUUGCUCUGCUCCUCGGAGCUGUGUUUGCCACUGAGGAUGACAAAAUUGUUGGAGGGCGCGAGUGUACGCCUCACUCCCAGCCCCAUCAGGUGUCUCUGAACUCUGGCUACCACUUCUGCGGCGGCUCCCUGGUCAACGAGAACUGGGUGGUGUCUGCUGCUCACUGCUAUAAAUCCAACAUGGACAUCGUCCUCGGUGAUCACAACCGUUGGUUCAUGGACGGAAAUGAACAGAUCAUUUCUGCUGAACGUGUGAUCCCUCAUCCCAACUACGAGUCCUGGCUGGUUAACAAUGACAUCAUGCUGAUCAAGCUGAGCAAACCUGCCACCAUCAACCGGUACGUGCAGCCGGUGGCUCUGCCCACGAGUUGCGCCCCCGCUGGCAUCACGUGCACCGUCUCUGGAUGGGGUGUGACUAUGAGCUCAACAGCGGAUAGUAACAAGCUGCAGUGCCUGGAUGUCCCCAUCCUGUCUGAGGAGGACUGUGACAAGUCGUACCCCGGGAUGCUCACCGAGGCCAUGUUCUGUGCUGGAUACCUGGAGGGAGGCAAAGACUCCUGUCAGGGCGACUCUGGUGGUCCUGUUGUGUGUGACGGUGAGCUGCAAGGUGUUGUGUCCUGGGGCUUUGGAUGUGCAGAGAAGAACCACCCCGGUGUCUACGCCAAGACCUGCAUUUUCACAGACUGGCUGCAGAGCACCAUGGCCUCUUACUGA